UCUAAUUCAAAUGGGUAAGAAGAACAAGGUGGUUCCUGCACCAGCAGAGGACAUCAAGGAAGCGGAGGAUAAGAAGAUUGCUUUGUCCAACCAGAGCUCUCUGCCACCAAUAGACUCUCACAUGCAGGAUAAAACAUUUGAGACUAAUGAUAAUAUCCCUUUGAAGUUGAAAGGUUUACCUAAACCUGAAAAUACUUCUAGUAAAAUGGGCUCAAAGAUGGAAAUACAGAAAGAAAUGAAAGAUUCUGGUCAGAAGCAGAUAAUCAGCCCUGUCCCAGAUGAGAUUGUUCAACAAAUCGUCUCUAGUAACAAGAAGGAUGAAGUAUUUACUAAAGAAGAGGCUAAAGCUACUUCUCCUAAGCUUACCCUUCUGAAGAGCUCUUCUGCAAAUCAGCUCUAUGAAGAGGAUGAAAAGAAGCAAGAGGUCUCAAAUUUGAUUGAGACAGGUAAAAAUGCUGAAUCUAAGAAUGGCCCAAAAUCCUUAGAGAAUGAUAAUGAUACCUAUUCAGACUCUCCACAGUCAAAGCAGGAGUCCCAGGCCAGCGAAAGAGGAAAGGAUAAUUCAAAGAUGAAUAUUUUAGAAGAAGAAAAGAAUGAAAACCCUAAUGCCAUGAACCUCUUUAAGAAAGCCUUUAUUGGCAAGAUAGAAGCCUACACUGAUAAGAUCCAGAAAGCCAAUAGUAAGGCAAAACAGCGGAUCAAGAGGGAACCAAUCUGGGCAUGGGACGAUGAGGAAGCUAAAUCCGAUACCAUCAGAGAUAAUAUUAUCCGUAUUCUGAGCAUUACGUGGAACAUGAAUGCUAAGAAGCCUCAGAUUGAUUUAAAUACUCUUCUAAGACCAGAUAUCAACCAUGAUAUUAUUGCAGUGGGAUCUGAAGAAUGCUUAAAGACUAUUUUUAAAUCAGCCUUUGGAGCAAACAAGAUCAAAUGGGUCAAAAUGAUCCAGAAAUGUCUUGGUGAUGAGUACAAGGUGGUCAGCUCACACUCCUUAAUGGGCAUUCACCUAGUAGUCUUCGCUUCCAUUAGAGUAAUCCCGAUGAUCAGCAAUGUAAAAAGUAAGCAUAUUGCUACAGGUGUGUGGAACAGUAUUGGUAACAAAGGAGGAGUCGGAAUCUGUUUCGAUAUUGGACGAACCUCCUGCCUCUUCAUCAACUGCCAUCUCGCCUCUGGUGAGGAGGAUCUCAAGGAAGAAAGACGGAUGCGAGAUUUUCACAAAAUUGAGAUGAAGCUUCGACUUCCUGAUAAAAACAAGGUUAGUUUCCAUUCCCCAGAUCCUCAAGAAGACAUAACCAGAGUCUCUAACAGGUUUGAUUGCUGUAUUUGGACAGGGGAUUUUAACUUCAGGUUCAGGAGGAAGAACCUGAAAAUCAUAGAUUUGAUCAAAAACAAUAAGUUUGAUAUUUUAAAAGAGAAUGAAUCAUUGACUCUCCGGUUGAACGCAGAGAAGCUACUAACUGAUUUCAUUGAGGGACCAAUUGAGUUUGCUCCGACCUACAAGAUCCUUCACAACACUGACAAGUAUAAUAAAUAAGAGAAUCCCAGCUUGGUGUGACAGAAUAAUCUAUAAAUGCAAGAAUGAUUGUCUGUCCCAAGUGUCUUAUGAUAGUAUAAAUACUAUUAAGAGUUCUGACCACCGUCCAGUUUUCUCCCAAUUCGAGCUCAGAAUUAAAUGCGAUGCUGAAGUGAAAAGAAAGACUGAAACAUUUGACUCAGUUUAUAAGUCAAAUACUGAACGCAACACAGUGUAUAAGAUUCAUAAAAAGAAGGAAAGAAAUUUAGGCAAAAAUCAAUCAAAAGCUUGUGUUAUCUUUUAAAUUAUUUGAAGAGUUUUAAGUAUUAGAUUUAAAUUUUGU